GAAGUGAAGGCGGCGGGGGGCCGUCGCCCAGAGAAAAGCCUCAACGCGAGUUAAAGCGACGCGCAGAAUUGGACACAAACAUCGCAAAUAAUAAACAACAACAACAACAGCAGCAACAACAAACGCCACAAACACACUAAACACGGCCCUGCCAGCCGAUCCCGUCAAUUGCUUCUGGCGUAUCGACCACCUCUAUCACCACCACCACUCGCCGACCAUUGGCAACCUACCAGGCCUCAGAGGAGCGCUGACACAGCGAGCGACGCUUGCAGCACCUGGGUACGUCGCGACACCAUGGACGCCCCUGGCGGGGAGCCCUUGUCUCUCGACAUCCUCAUCACCAACGUGGUGUGCGUGUUCCGCACGCGCUGCCACCUCGACCUGAGGCACAUCGCCCUGGAGGGAGCCAAUGUCAUGUACAAGCGCGACGAAGGGAAGGUGCUCAUGAAGCUGAGACGACCUCGAAUCACGUCGACCAUCUGGUCUUCAGGGAAGGUCAUCUGCACGGGAGCCACAAGUGAAGAGGACGCGAAGAUUGGGGCGCGGAGGUGCGCCCGAUGUUUACAAAAGCUGGGCUUCAAGGUCCGAUUCUGCGCCUUCAAGGUGGUGAAUGUGCUGGCCGUCUGCUCCAUGCCUUUUGAGAUCCGUCUUGUGGACUUCACCAAAACGCAUCGACCAAUAGCCAGCUAUGAGCCGGAGCUGCACCCAGCCGCAACAUACAAGAUAAAGUCCUUGUCGGCCACGCUGCAGAUCUUUUCAACGGGCAGCAUCACACUCACAGCGCCGAACGUGUCCCUGAUUGCGCAGGCCAUAGAGCAGAUCUACCCGCUGGUGUGCGCCUGCAGAAAGGUCACGUGAUUGUGGUCUCUCUUUCGCUCGCCUGCAAUGAAAAGGAGAGGAAACAAAAGUGACAAAAAUAAAACUACGGAGAAGCAAAGACGCUAGAACACCGCACGGAGGGAAGAAAUAACGACGAGACAUUACACGCUACGGAAAUAUUCAAAAGCAGCUCGCGAAUGCAAAACUCUCCCUACGAAGACAAAUUUCAACGGCGUUCAACCCAGCAACCACUUGCGCAGUGACCCCGGAGCAGCAUGAACAUCUGUUUACUGACGAGCAGGACAGGUUUACAUUCAGUAUAUAACUUGCAUUGCUCGCGUCGUUAAAUAACAAAACAUAUUUUAGGGGUUGUGGGGGAAAUGUUUUAGAUUUCUGAAUGAGCCAUUGCUUGUGGGUGUUUUAGUCUUUUGUCAUUUGCCGCCGUACUGUGUUGUUUUUGUUUUAACCUCUUAACACGUGUAUCUCAUUGCAUUGUAAUCACCUCGCCCCCACCGUGUCUUUUAAAAGCAUUUCGUCGUCGUUUUGCGCUUUCACACAAGGCGAAGAGAAGUCUGAAAUUUUGAAGUUGCAUUUUCAGCGACGCGCACACAAAACCGCUUCGGUGUGUAACGUGACACUUCUUUUUGAAGGCCCCUAUCGAAUCGAAAAAUAACCUAAUGCUUCGGAGCAUUCGGAGUGACAUGUUCGGUUGCGUAUUGUUCCGGAAGUGGGUUCCCCCCCCCCCUCCCACAGCACAGCAUCAAAGCAUUGAGAUACGGUAGAUGUGGCCAAGAUAAACCAGAAUGUGGCUGUGGAUACAGCAGAGAAGCGGGCUCCUAAGAUGUUAUAGUUUAUUCAAAGAAAAUAUACGGAACAAGAGAAAUAUCAUGUGAUUUAUACCGGCCGGUCGUGGAAUUUGUCCUCAGUCCGGAGAUGAAGUCUUUAUUUCAAUCUUGAUGGGGCUUAAUUUUCUGGAAACGUUUUCAGCAUUGGAAUCUGGAUAAAAACGGCUGGCAGUGGUGGGGAAAUUUUUCUACGAGAAAAUCGAGGUGGCGCUUGUCCCGAAUGUUGUGAAGCAUUCAGUCCACUGCAGGGAUGUGGUUUAAAAAGUCAAGCAGCAAGGGACAUGAAAAUCUGCUUGCGUGCUUAUUAACAGUGCACAGCUGAACGAUAUCGGAGGUUGGCUUAAAGGUAAGGGAUAGUAAAAACAGGGAGCCUAAAAUGUGAACUUUUGAGUUUUCAGCCUCUCUUAUUCUCUCCCGCAUGAAGGCGGCAUGUGUUGUGUUGCACUGACGCCUGUCUUCCCAGGUGAGAGGACACAACCCACCAAAUGAGUUCGUAACCCCACACUCCACCACGUUUCGUCAUUUUCCAUGGCUUACAGAAAAUACACUUUCUCAAAAAAGUGGCUUUAAAAGAGCUACAUUUUAAGCGUCGGCCUGUGAGCAAUGAGAGCGGCCGUUGUAGCCACCGAUUAGCACAUUUGCAGCCCCAUCAACUCCUACGGUUUGGGAAUUGCAGCUCAGCAAGAGGGCCUGGUCAAUGCCGCCUUCACACGCGUGCGAGCGUCAAACAUGAUGGCAACCCGUGCACGUCCGCCGCUGCCAUUGACUGUGGAGACGACCAACUGCCACCGAUUCCUGCCACCGUCGAAAUGUCACCAAUUCCGUGGUCAUUUAAAUUCGCGAAGCAAUAUUUUCGUUUCGGCCCUUGGGGCUGCACAUUGAAUCUAAAGCAAUGCGAAUCUAUAGAAUCUACAGUGGUAUUGGCAGAUACAAAUCAAACAUCGAUUAGUACGUGCACAAUUCAAUGCGUUGUAUUGUGAGUCUAAUCCGUUUCGGUUGAUAUGAAUGCCAAACGCUUGGCCAUUUGAAACUAUUUAAUGAUCUACGAUCAUGAUCAUGUGGAUCAGCUCCAGCCCUUUGCCCAGCCAACACGAUUGUGCUGUGUUCACAAUAAUAGUUUAACUUGGAUUGUAAUAAAGUUGUGGUUAGUUUUUUCGUA